AUGCCUGCGUGCGUCCGUCGCCCGCCGCCAUCAUUGCAGUCAUCAGCCGUUCUCCGCCGCCACAACCGCCGACGUCCGUUACAAGCGCCGUCGUGCGCCGCAACGAUCGCCGUCAUCCGCCUCAACCACAGCCGUCGUCCGCUGUCGUCUGCCGCCACCGCCGACGCUGUUGCUGCUGCUACUGCUCCUGCUGUCUUCGGUUGGGAUAGGGGCGUGUCGACGGCGGCUGUAUAG